AGGGGCGCUGCAGUUUGCAGCCUUCUUUAACUCCCCCUCGGUACACGUCAUGCAAACACAGGCUUUAAGCUUCUGAGCAUGCGCUUGGCUAUCUUCUUUACUUUCUGCCAUUUGAAGAGAACUAGAGGAAGAUGACCAGGAUGCUGCACGUGUUUGUAAUCCUUUCUCUGCUGGCUCUGGGCUCAGGAGAAGAGGGCGCCCGUUUGUUGGCCUCCAAAUCCCUCCUGAACCGCUAUGCUGUGGAGGGCCGCGACCUGACCCUCCAGUACAGCAUCUACAACGUGGGUUCCAGUGCAGCUCUAGAGGUGGAGCUAUCCGAUGAUUCUUUUCCUCCUGAAGAUUUUGGAAUUGUUUCCGGAAUGCUGAAUGUGAAAUGGGACAGGAUCGCACCAGCCAGCAACGUCUCUCACACAGUGGUGUUGCGGCCCUUGAAGGCUGGAUACUUUAAUUUUACCUCGGCUACUGUCAGCUACCUGGUUCAGGAGGGAGGACAAGUUGUGGUUGGCUACACCAGCGCUCCUGGACAGGGAGGAAUCUUGGCUCAGAGAGAGUUUGACCGACGCUUCUCUCCACACUAUCUGGACUGGGCUGCAUUUGGUGUGAUGACUCUACCCUCCAUCGGCAUCCCUCUGCUUCUCUGGUACUCCAGCAAGAGGAAAUAUGAUUCGCCCAAGAGCAAGAAGAACUGAAACAUCUUUGCUCUGUUCGAGAAUGGGGUUGGGGGUGGGAAGGGAAAUAAAAGGGUUUUGUGAAAAACAUUGCCCAUACUCGGGGUGAAAACUAAAACUUGGGGACCAAUGGACUUGAUUUCGGUUUGAUCGAACAGAAUAUUUAAGAGAACUUUGGAGCAAGAAGUAGAAGGUGAAAAUCAUGUGUGGCAUCUCUUUAUCUACAAAUGGUCCAUGUGCGGAAACAAUGAUUACACAAACAAUGAUUACAUUAUGCUGUUUUCCCAGUGAGCUGAUCUGAGGAACAGGACCUGUUAGGUGUCUUUCAUGACCCUUUUUGGGAGGAAAUGGUGGAUAUUAUUGUGGAGGGCUUGAGAGUAAGGCUGGCUGGUUACCAGUUUAAUCACAAGUUAGCCAAGUAGUAAUCUCUGUCAGACAUUGCCUUCAGCAACAUGAAAUUCACCGACUAGACUAAGACAAAAAAGAGCAAUUCAGCAGUCGGCCUAAAGGAGACUACACAAACAUGGAAUUAUGUAACCAUAUUCCUUUCCUUCCAUUGCUGUCAGUGCACUGCACCUCAUGAGUCUGGUGAAUCCUUCAGCACACAUGUUCUAAACUCAUACAAUGGGAAACUGGCUAAUGGGGGUUACUACUGUAAACAGCUCCUUGUAUUUUGCAGUGUGUGUUUCUAAUGAGCUGAUAUGACAUUUGGAGCCCGUUGUUUAAGUUCAAAAUAAAUGAAAACAAGGUA